GGAUACGGCUCAGUCAUGUUUCCUCCUUCAGUGCGCGGUGUUGAAGAGGUUGCAGAAAAAAGGGGUUAGAGGUGUCGGUGGAUGUGAUGGCUCUGAAAAGGAUUCAGAAGGAAUUACAGGACUUGCAGCGGGACCCUCCUUCACAAUGCUCAGCAGGACCGAUGGGAGAGGACUUGUUUCACUGGCAGGCUACAAUAAUGGGACCAGGUGACAGUCCGUAUCAGGGCGGGGUUUUCUUCCUGACUAUUCACUUCCCAACAGACUACCCCUUUAAACCACCGAAGGUUGCCUUCACAACAAAAAUCUACCAUCCAAACAUCAACAGUAACGGCAGCAUCUGUCUGGACAUCCUGCGCUCUCAGUGGAGUCCUGCGCUCACAGUGUCUAAAGUGCUGUUAUCCAUAUGCUCACUGCUGUGUGACCCCAACCCAGAUGACCCUUUAGUUCCGGACAUCGCACACAUCUACAAAUCAGACAAAGACAAAUACAACAGAAUGGCGCGAGAGUGGACUCAGAAAUACGCUAUGUAACUCCCGCUGAUUCCACCGGCAGGACUCUGAACGGUUGCACGUGGACGAUUAACGAGGAUGUACUGUACCACCUUUCUCAAAAACUGGUGGACUGUAUUUUUUUGGUUCUUUAUCCCCCCUUUUUUCCCAUUACAGAGGAAAAGCCGAAACCGACACGUCACGCAUCGAAGCCGUUCGCUUUUUCCGUUUACAGAAACCCAAUGGAACACCGGAAAGGUUUUCAGGCUACUGCUGAAGAGCGUCUCAGAGCAGCCAUUACAAUGAUGUUAAUGAUGAUAAAUCUAGCAUUUGUUACUGGUACAAGUUUUUUUUUUUUUUUUUUCCGCUCUCUUUUUAGAUAUUUUAUGAUAUCAUAUUAAAAACCUGUUCUGGAGCUAUUUUUUAUUUUGAAUUAAAACCAUGAAAGGAUUUUUUUUUUUUUUUUUUUGUGAUGCUGUGUGUGAACUAACAAGCAGGUUUUGUUCUUUUAGAUUGUUAUUAAAGGUUUACUGUGUGUUAGGGGUAUGAUGGUAUACUGUGAUGAAGGAAUCUGGAAUAAUUAUUCUGUUCAUGUUAAACUAUACUGGUAUACAUGACCCCGAGGGGAAAUAAUAAUAAUAAUAAUAAUAAUAAAAGUGUUGUAAAACCAGGUUGCCUUUUGAAAAAGGUGAAAAUAAAAAGAAAACUGUAUUUCUA